AUGUCCUUCCCCCAGAUUCAAUUUUUGCUCUUAAGAUCUUGUAACAUUAGUAAAUUUCCAAACAUCCUAAGAAACCAAGAGAGUAUUCACUAUUUGGAUCUUUCUAGCAAUAUAAUCAAUGGUGAAAUACCCAACUGGAUAUGGAAUGUUGGAAAUGUGAGUUUGUAUUAUUUGAAUCUUUCUCAUAAUGCUUUGGAGGGAUUAGAGUUACCGUUUCCUCAUCUUUCCUUAAGUUCGUUAGAAUUUCUUGACUUGAGCUUUAACAAGCUAGAAGGCUCAAUCCCGAUCCCACCACCGUCCACCACUAUCUAUUCACUUGCAAGCAAUCAUUUUAGUGGAGAAGCUCCCUCACAUAUUUGCAAUUGCACUUCCUUACAAUUCCUCGAUCUGUCUAACAACCGCUUCAAUGGUUCGAUUCCACUUUGCUUGGGUGAAAUCACUGAUGCCCUCGUUGUUUUAAAUCUCAGAGGAAAUGCAUUUCAGGGAACCUUAAUUCAAACAUUCAAAGAGGGUUGCAAUCUAAAAACACUUGAUCUCAAUGGAAAUCAAUUGGAAGGGCAGGUGCCAAAGUCUUUGGCCAAGUGCAAGAUGUUGGAGGUGUUAAACCUUGGAAAUAAUCAAAUACAUGACACCUUCCCUUUUUGGUUGGAAAAUUUGUCUCAGUUGCGUGUUCUCAUCCUGAGAUCUAACAAAUUUCAUGGCAGUGUUGGACACCCGCUGAAAAAUCUUAUUUUUCCAAUGUUACAAAUCUUCGACCUAUCUUUCAAUAGCUUCACGGGAAGCUUGCCAUCAAAUAUGUUCAGGAGCUGGAAUGUAAUGAAGGAGGACAAAUCCCAACUUAUGGUCCUUGGAAAAACGUUAAGCAGUGGGAUGUACUAUCAAGACAGAGUGACUGUAGUGUCGAAAGGGCUACAAAUGGAAGUAGUAAAGAUUCUUACUGCCUUCACCUCAAUAGAUCUUUCAAAUAACGAAUUUCACGGAGGUAUUCUAGAAUCAAUUGGGGAUCUAAAGUCAUUGCUCGUCCUCAAUAUGUCCCACAACCAUUUCACAGGCCGAAUUCCAACAUCAUUUGGGAACAUAAAGGCUCUUGAGUCAUUAGAUAUAUCACAGAACAAUUUAUCAGGUGAGAUCCCGUUGCAGCUAAACAAGUUAACGUUCCUCGCAGUGUUGAACCUUUCGCAUAAUCUCCUUGUAGGAAGCAUACCUAAAGGUCAACAAUUCGAUACAUUCACAAAUGAAUCUUUUCUAGAAAACUUGGAAUUAUGUGGCCCUCCACUAUCGAAGAAAUGCAAUGACAUUGAGGCUUUACUACCACUGGCACAAUCGGAAAGCAAAUAUGAUUGGAAACUCAUGGCAAUUGGGUUUGGAGUUGGAUACAGAGUAGGAAUGGGAAGCUUGCCAUCAAAUAUGUUCAGGAGCUGUAAGGUAAUGAAGGAGGACAAAUCUCAGCUUAUGGUCCUUGGAAAAAGGUUAAACAGUGGGUUGUACUAUCAAGACAAAGUGACUUUAGUCUGGAAAGGGCUACAAAUGGAAGUGGUAAAGAUCCUUACUGCAUUCACCUCAAUAGAUCUUUCAAAUAACAAAUUUCACAGAGGUAUUCCAGAAUCAAUUGGGGAUCUAAAGUCAUUGCUCGUGCUCAAUAUGUCCCACAACCAUUUCACAGGACAAAUUCCAACAUCAUUUGGGAACAUAAAGGCUCUUGAGUCAUUAGAUAUAUCACAGAAUAAUUUGUCAGAUUGGCAGUUAGUCGUCCGUGACUGGAAUCGGUUCUCCAUUGUUUCAAGGAUGGUUUGUGUUCUUGUAGAGGUUAUUGGUAGCAUUUCAAAUUUUCAAAUUGCAAAUGAAGGACAGAUCUUUGCCAGUCAGAUGGCCAGGCCUUUGGUGGUGGAAGGCGACUCUGGUAAUGUGAAGCAUGCCCCAAAAAACUCUGCUCAGGCAAUCUCGACCAUCUGA